CGGCGCGGCCUGAGUCACAUUGCGCCUGUGCAGUGUCCCUGCGGUUCCGGGUCCAGCUUUUGGUUUUAUGUUCGUGGAAAAACUGAGGCUCGGAACCGGAGCGACCUCCGCUGAAACCCACAGGAAACUUGUUUCUCUUCCUUGGACUCGCUGUGAAAGCCUGGCCUCACGCCAUUGGCAGUUUCCCUGAAACUCCCAUUUUUUUUUUUAGCAAGGGAGUGAUCGAGGCGACAUUUAGGACUGCAGUGGACAGGGCAGUGAUGGUGCUUGUCCUGUGCUGCAGGUGAGGACGUGCAGACUCAGUCGUGGACAGGGUCACGCUGCUGUGGCUGCAUUGGCGCCAGGAUUCAAUCCCGGGCUGAGCCCAACUCUGACUCCUGCGAGGCCUUGUGGAACUGAGAUGACCCACUCUCUGGUUUGCGCAGAGACAGUCAGCAGGGUGAGUUCUGUGCUGAAUCGCAACACCCGGCAGUUUGGAAAGAAGCACCUGUUCGACCAGGAUGAGGAGACAUGCUGGAACUCAGAUCAGGGCCCCUCCCAGUGGGUGAUACUAGAGUUUCCCCAGCGCAUCCGUGUCUCCCAGCUGCAGAUCCAGUUCCAGGGAGGCUUCUCCAGUCGCUGCGGUCGCCUAGAAGGUUCCCAAGGGUGUGAGGCUCUCAACAAGAUUGUGGAUUUCUACCCUGAGGAUAACAACUCGCUUCAGACCUUUCCCGUGCCAGCUGCCGAGGUGGACCGGCUGAAGGUGAUGUUUGAGGACACCACUGACUUUUUUGGCCGUGUGGUCAUCUACCACCUGCGGGUGCUGGGGGAGAAGGUGUGAGGUCACUGUGUAGCUGCUUCCUCCAGGAAGCCCUCAAAGAAGCACAAUGAAGUCUUUCAAGUUCUG